AUGUCGAUUAAAGGAAUAAAUAGUCAGUCACAUAUACGAAAUAGACAAAGCAAUGAUUAUACAAUACGUUCAUCUGAUCGAUAUGCCUUCUCAAAUGAUAAACCGAUUCAAUCAACAUCAUCAAAUACACAAAUUCGUACAAGUAAUGGAGUUAUUCUUAAUAAAUCACCAAAAUUAAUACAAUCAUCAAAACAAAAACAACACAUUGCACCUGAUAAACUCAAAUUAAUGCGUCAAGUCUUUAUUACUUUUAGUAAUUCUCAAUCGAUGCCUGUCGAACAUUUAAAUGAUGCGUUAUCAGCACUUGGUCAUGAUCCUCGAAAAGAUAUUGGUUAUCAUGAUUUUUUAAUUGAAUAUGAAUUGAUUGAGCCAAAUGGUACAUUUUCUGGUUUACUAGAUUUUGAACAUUAUGCAUUACUUGUACUCGAAUACGAAGAAAAAUUACGCAUAGAAGAAGAAGCACUUCGACAACUUGAUCUUAAAAUUGCUUUUGAAUGUUUUGAUUUAAAUAAAGAUGGUAUGAUUGAUGCUAAUGAACUAUCAGUAGUUAUGAAUAUUUUGGGAUUUUCCAUUACUGAUCGAGAAGCAAAAGAAAUGAUCGAAUUUGCUGAUUAUGAUAAAGGUAUUGUACUUCUCAUAUUAUUUAUUUACUUUCUAUUGUAUUUCUAA